GUUGGCGGAAAAUUCCGAUGUGUUCGAGUUCUCUGGAUGUUUCUCGGGACUCAACAAUCAAUGUGUGAUCUGAUUCAAGACCCUUUACGUGCACCAGUUGAGAUACCACCGUUGCUUCCAUCUGCGCAAAAUGAACGGCGUAGUGACCAUCGGCAAUGUCCAUGUGUUCGAGGCCCAAGAAGCCGGCGGCACGAUCUCGAGCCAUUCGCAGGCAGAUGUCUUGCAUCUUAUCUCGCACCUGCCGAUCAGUGAUGUGUUCACAGGAAGAUGAUUCGCAUCUUAUCUUGCUUACCCCGGGAAGAGAUCUGUGAUGCGAUAAGUCUAUCUCCUGAUCGAUCCUCUAUCACCCGUCCUUCUCCGCUUGUUUUAGGUCUCACCCAGCGCACCAUGCGAUGCAGGAAGUCCUCGGGAUCAAGCAACUAUGAGGGAGUAACGCUCCUGCCGCGAUGGCACCGCAGUCCUGCGCUGUUUUUGCAUCAGGCGCCAUUCCCCCUGCCACGCAGCCCAUUGGAUGCAGGACAGAGGGUCACCGGGGGUAGCCGCAGCGGACCCAUCAGCUCUCACAGACAUGCUGGCAAGCACAUUGGACUUGGUAUGCCCCUGCGUCCGAUCUGACGUCGACACCCCCCGUCUCGGUGUCCAAUCAAGCCCUCGGCGUCGUUGCAGUGGCUGUAACAUCUCGAAACCGUAUUCAAUUAGGGCUUCGCGCUCCCACCAUCACACUUCUGCCGUGUAAGAGUAUUUUGGGAUAGAACGAGCGGACGUCUCAGCGCUCUGGUAUUUGAGGGGAGUGCGCGAUGCGUUGUUUGGGUGUCUGUACCGCUCGAGUUCCCUGCAGCUAGUUCUACCCACUGUCCAGCACAGGCCAUUUCUCUUCGCCAACAUGAGCUUGCCCGCCAUUCCUCCUGGUAUUGCCAUGAUCACAGGGCCGACGAUGAUCGGUAUAUGCCUCACCUGGGGAUUCAUGGGCAUCACUCUCGUUCAAGUUUACGUCUACUUCACUUCCUACUCGCACGAUCCGCGCGGCCUGAAAACCCUCGUGGGCAGUCUGUUCUUUCUCGACAUCCUCCAGACGGCGAUGGUCACGGCGGACGCGUUCCACUGGUUUGUAUUCGGGUUCGGCAACAUGAUCCAGCUUAACGACACGUUCCUCAACUCGUGGGACGUUCCGAUGCUCGACGGCGUGAUCUCGCUCAUUGUGCAGCUCUUCUACUGCUGGCGCAUAUACGUCCUCCGCAAGAGCAUGAUCCUCCCUAUCCUGAUCAGUAUCGUGUCGCUCAUGCAGUGCGUCGCGGGGAUCGUGACUGCUGUCAAGGCCCACAUGCUUGGCCAGCUUUCGCUCAUCAGCACGGAAGUCGUCGAGCAGACGAUGUGGCUCGUCGGCGGUGCGGUGGCUGAUAUAGCCAUUGCAGUCGUCUUGUGCUGGACUCUGCUGAGCGUCAGCAACUCGCAGUUCCGCAAAUCCCACAACGUGAUCAUGCGUAUCGUCCAAUUGACCGUCGAGACGAACGCCUUGACCGCCAGCGUCGCGCUGAUUGGCCUGAUUCUGUUCUGGGCCGUCCCCCAACACGCCACGCUCGUUGUUCCGCCGACUGCUAUCAUCGGGAAGCUGUACACCAACAGUCUGAUCGCGGUCCUGAACAACCGCAGCGUUGGCGCGAACAACGCCAGCGCAUUCGGAAACAAGAUUAGCGGCAGCGCCGGAAGCUCGGGCGGUCCGCACUACGGCAGCAGCGUCGAAGGCAACACCAACACGGCGGUCUCCACGAACAUGCCGAGCUUCAAGAACGGAGUCCACAUCGUGCGCACUCAGCAGACCGACACGGAGUUGGAGCUCUCGACGUUCGACCAAAAGGGCUCUGUCAUGGAGGUUUGAGUUCUGGACCGGGAUCUUGUCUGUCUGUGUCUGAUUCGCGGAGAAUCUUGUAUAGUGGCUUUUAUUAGGGACCUGGUUUGUCAGUAUCUAUUUAUUGAAUUUAUCGCAUAUGUAUACGA